AACUGCGUGUGCGUGUCCCCGGUCCUUUCCCAGUUCUGCGAGGAGUUCAAGGAGAAGUGUCCUAUCUGCGUGCCCUGCGGGCUGAAGCUGGCGGAGAAGACGCAGACGGCCAUCGUCCGGCACUUCGGCCUGCAGAUCCUGGAGCAUGUGGUCAAGUUCCGCUGGAACAAUAUGCCUCGCCUAGAAAAAGUUUAUCUAAAGAACAAUGUCAUGGGCCUCAUAUCCAGUGGAACUCAAAGUAUUCUGGAGGAGGAAAGUCACAUUAAGGAUGUUCUGUCUCGCAUUGUGGUGGAGAUGAUCAAGCGCGAAUGGCCUCAGCACUGGCCUGACAUGCUAAAGGAGCUGGAUACCCUCUCCAAGCAAGGGGAAACUCAGACGGAACUGGUGAUGUUCAUCCUCCUACGUUUGGCAGAGGAUGUGGUGACUUUUCAAACUCUGCCUACGCAGCGGCGACGAGAUAUCCAGCAAACCCUCACCCAGAACAUGGAGAAGAUCUUCAGCUUCCUACUAACUACCCUGCAGCAGAAUGUCAACAAGUACAGACGCAUGAAGACUGAUCUGGCUCAGGAGCCAAAGGCCCAGGCAAACUGCCGCGUGGGGAUAGCAGCACUCAACACCUUGGCUGGCUACAUUGACUGGGUGGCCCUGAGCCACAUCACAGCAGACAACUGCAAGCUCUUGGAGAUGUUGUGUCUGCUCCUAAAUGAGCCUGAGCUCCAAAUAGGAGCAGCAGAGUGUCUCCUGAUUGCUGUCAGACGGGAGGGUAAGCUGGAGGAUCGGAAGCCUCUGAUGGUCUUGUUUGGAGACGUUGCCAUGCACUACAUUCUCUCUGCUGCCCAGACAGCAGAUGGAGAAGGCCUGGUGGAGAAGCACUAUGUUUUCUUGAAGAGACUUUGCCAAGUUUUGUGCGCAUUGGGCAGCCAGCUAUGUGCGUUGCUAGGCUCAGAUUCUGACGUGGAAACACCAACCAACUUUGGAAAAUACCUUGACUCGUUUUUAGCCUUCACAACCCAUCCCAGCCAGUUCCUGCGCUCUUCCACCCAGAUCACAUGGGGAGCCCUCUUUCGGCAUGAAGUUCUGUCUCGUGACCCCUUGUUGCUGGCUAUGAUUCCGAAGUAUCUCCGUGCAUCUAUGACCAACCUAGUGAAGGUGGGCUUUCCCUCUAAAACAGACAGCGCCAGCUGUGAAUACUCCCGCUUUGAUUUUGACAGUGAUGAGGACUUCAAUGCCUUCUUCAAUUCCUUCCGAGCCCAGCAAGGAGAGGUGAUGAGGAUGGCUUGUCGUCUGGACCCUCGAACCGGCUUCCAAAUGGCCGGUGAAUGGCUGAAGUACCAGCUCACAGCUCCUGUUGAUACUGGACCCAUGAACUCUAAGACAGGCGAAGGUCUCUGCUCCAUCUUCUCUCCAUCCUUUGUGCAGUGGGAUGCCAUGACCUUCUUCUCAGAGAGCGUCAUCAGCCAGAUGUUUCGAACCCUGGAUAAAGACGAAAUCCCAGUGAAUGACGGCAUAGAUCUGCUGCAGCUUGUCCUUAAUUUUGAAACAAAGGAUCCUCUCAUCCUGUCCUGUGUGCUCACCAAUGUCUCUGCUCUCUUCCCAUUUGUCACUUACCGACCAGAAUACCUACCGCAAGUACUUUCCAAGCUGUUCACUUCGGUUACCUUUGAAGUUAUAGAAGAAAGUAAGGCUCCUAGAACUCGAGCAGUGAAGAAUGUGAGAAGGCAUGCGUGCUCCUCAAUCAUAAAGAUGUGUCGGGAUUACCCUCAGCUUGUCCUGCCAAACUUUGAGAUGUUGUACAACCACGUGAAGCAGCUGCUCUCCAAUGAGCUACUUCUGACGCAGAUGGAGAAGUGUGCUCUUAUGGAGGCCCUCGUCCUCAUCAGCAACCAGUUCAAGGACUAUGAGCGGCAGAAAGCUUUCCUGGAGGAGCUCAUGGCUCCUGUUGCUGGCUUAUGGCUCUCCCCAGAGAUGCAGAGAGUCCUCUCAGAUCCUGAAGCCUUUAUCUCCUAUGUGGGUGCAGACAACAAAAUUGCCGAUCCAGUCUUGGAAGAUCCUAGUGGCCGGAACCGCUCCAGAAUAAGCUUUUGCGUAUACACCAUUUUGGGAGUUGUGAAACGAGCUCGUUGGCCUGCUGCUACUGAAGAGGCAAAAGCUGGAGGAUUCUUGGUGGGAUACAUGCCCAGUGGAAGUCCCGUCUACCGUAAUCCCUGCACUGAGCAGGUCCUGAAGCUUCUUGACAAUUUACUUGCUCUUAUAAGGACUCACAACAAUCUCUACACACCAGAGAUGGUAGCUAGGCUGGGGGAAACGUUUGCAAAGGCCUUAGACAUGCUGGAGGUGGAGAAGAAUGCCAUCCUAGGUCUCCCUCAGCCUCUGCUGGAGCUUUAUGACUCUCCUGUUUACAAAACGGUCUUAGAAAGGAUGCAGGGCUUCUUUUGUACCCUCUACGACAACUGUUUCCACAUCCUGGGAAAUGCAGGCCCCUCCAUGCAACAGGAUUUCUACACCGUUGAGGGUCUCGCCACCCAGCUCCUCAGCUCAGCUUUCAUCAACCUCAACAACAUUCCUGAUUACAGACUGCGUCCCAUGCUCCGUGUGUUUGUGAAGCCCUUGGUACUCUCCUGCCCUUCAGAAUACUACGAAACCCUUGUCUGCCCCAUGCUGGGACCACUCUUUACCUAUCUGCACGUGAGGUUGUCUCAGAAAUGGCAGGUGAUCAACCAACGAAGCAUGCUCUGUGAGGAUGAUGCUGCAGACGACAACCCCGAGUCUCAGGAGAUGCUUGAAGAACAGCUGGUCAGGCUGCUGACCCGAGAAGUCAUGGAUCUCAUCACUGUUUGCUGUGUUUCUAAGAAAGGUGUUGAGCAUAACACUACUGCUGCUGUAGACGGAGACGAUGAUGAGGCGAUGGCCACGGAGGUGACUCCCCCUGCCAGCGCAGAGCUCACCGAGCUCGGCAAGUGUCUGAUGAAGCAGGAGGAUGUUUGCACUGCGCUGCUGAUCACUGCCUACACAUCCCUCUCCUGGAAGGACACCUUGUCCUGCCAAAGAACCACAACACAGCUUUGCUGGCCGCUGCUCAAACAGGUGCUUCCAGGAAACCUCCUGCCCGAUGCUGUGUCCUGGUUCUUCACAAGUGUGCUGAAGGGCUUACAGACACACGGGCAGCACGAUGGCUGCAUGGCAGCUCUUGUCCACCUGGCUUUCCAGAUCUACGAGGCCUUGCGCCCUCGCUAUGCUGAGCUGAAGGCAGUGAUGGAGCAGAUCCCAGACAUCCAGAGGGACUCUUUGGAGCAGUUUGAUUCAAAGCUUCUCAACCCAACGCUGCAGAAGGUGGCAGACAAGCGCCGGAAGGAUCAUUUCAAGCGCCUCAUCACAGGUUGCAUUGGGAAGCCCCUCGGGGAGCAGUUCCGCAAGGAGGUUCAUAUCCGGAACCUCCCAUCUCUCUUCAAAAAGGUGAAGCCAUCAUUGGAGACGGAUGUGCUGGAAAACGAGGAUGGAGAGGGCCUCACUGCACUCUUUGAGCCCUGAGCCUGGGAUGCUGCAACCAUCUCCUCCCCUACCUUAUAUUUUGUCUCUCCUCAUAGUAAGCACAUUAGAUUCUCCUCGUCAUCGCCUCCACGAGCGUUCGUCUGAAUAAAGCCCCUUACGGGUCCUGUCCCAUUCUCCCUACGUGGGGAUGGGGCCUGCGGUGGCAUUUGAACCAGUCUAUUAAGCUUUCCCCGAUUCCUUCCCCUCCCCUCCAUUGGAUGAGCAUCUUUAGACCUCUGCUUCUCUGCAAGGUGGGAGCUGAGCCCAUAAACUCCGUUAGGUAAAGCCUGGUCAUCCUGUAGCCUUGGGUCACUCUUGCUCCACUUCUUCAUCCCUUGGGGUUUAGGAUCAAUGCAAAAGGCAGAGUAGUGCGCCAUGUGAAAAGGGGCUACCCUAAUCUUUCUCUGGGUGCUAGUCGCCAGGCUUUUUUAGGGGACACAUCAGACACUCCUGUCGUGCCUAUCAGCACUUGUCCCUAGCGGACUGGUAUUCUGAUGAAUCCGUUUCCCUCCAGGAUGCUGAGCCUUGGGCUGCGGGCUGUGUGCCAGGAAGCCUAGCAGUGCUCUAGGAUCUCCUUCAAGAUCAGCCUUUCUAAGGUGCAGCUGCUCUCUAGGAGGCAGACGCUGUCAUACAUAUAUAUACAUAUAUAUGAUCAUACAGCUUGUUCUACCCAGAGCCAAACGGAAGGCUUUUACUUUGUGCCAGCCUUUCUUGGACAUUUCUCAGGGGGAGCAGGACAGAUUUGUUUGUUUUUUUCUUUUUACCAUGCCCUGUAGACUAGAACAUCGUCGGUGCAGGGUAUACAAAAUCUGGACCAAUAUCUGAAGCACCUGCAAACCAAAAGGGAUCUCCUCACCCUGUUGCUGUGGAGGUGACGGUAGCCCAUGUUUUUACCCAGUCUGGUACUUCUUGGAGAAUUGCGUGGUGGGGCAGGAGGGGUGGGGUUUAUACUGCAGUUUACAGGGGGGGAGCCAGGUCAGAAACUGGGUUUUAGAUGAGGUGGGACUCUUAUCAAACCACUCCAGUCUGCAAAGCUGGUUCUUCUUACAUGACAAAUGGUUCACUCGAUCUAUCCUAGUGUUAGCGCAGGAGCUGGGUCUGUCCAGAGCUAGCUGGCAGUUUUGCCAUCCAGGAGACAGAACAAGUAAUAAACUAUGGCGGGCAGAGAAGGUGGUGUCUCCACUUGGACAGACUGGACAGAAAAGGUGGGGUUGGGAGGGGUGGGAGUGCUGAAGGGAAGAGCAGGCCUUGGGACUCCACUCACCCUCCUGCCCCUGCUGUUCCACCAGCACCCUACACUUUCAUCCUGGCCUCAGAUUUUUUUAACCUCUGAGCUAACAUGGCUCCUGGCUCUAGCAAAGGCUGGGUGUAUUUAUUGUGUUGUGAUAUUUUUAACAUUCUGUGACUUCAUGCUAGAUACAAGGGUUUUUUUUUAAAUGGUUUUUAGAACCUUUUUUGUAGGAAUGUUUAAAUCCGAAGCUGUCUCUGAACUGGUUGUGUUACACCUCUGAGUGUCAGUAAAGCUAUUCCAGUUUCAUAC